CUUUGAAGGUAGUGACAGUAGACGUCCGGACUGCGCCAGGGAAGGAUCUAUGCGCUGCGCCGAAAUAUGACGCCUGUUACUUCUAGUUGUUUGUAGGGGGCCUUCGACUCGACAGGAAGGUUAUUUUAUUAUCUUGAGCUGUCUGUCUCGACCAAGAGCCACAAUGUCGGCGGCGAGCACGAACUCAAAGCUUGACGAAAAGAGCUACAUUUUGGAGGGACAACGGGGAAGUUUGGAUGGCUCCCCCGAUUCAAUGGAGGCAGACACCAAGCAGUUGGUCCAAUCUACCUCCGACGAUGAGCUGGCGCGAAGCGGUCUCCUGUCUGCCAGCUUCAACUAUAUAAAUUCCAUCAUCGGCAGUGGAGUAAUAGGAAUUCCCUAUGCUCUGCACCAGGCAGGAUUUGGACUUGGAUUACUCUUACUCAUUCUAGUUGCUGUAGUUACUGAUUACUCUCUGAUACUGAUGGUGCGCAGUGGGCAUUUAAGUGGUGCUUAUUCAUACCAAGGCAUUACCGAAGCAGCUUUUGGCAGAGGAGGUUUUAUUCUUUUGUCAUUUUUGCAAUUUUGCUACCCUUUCAUUGCUAUGGUCAGCUACAAUGUAGUAGUUGGAGAUACGGUAACUAAGGUGUUCAUGAGGCUUUUCCACUUGGAGAGUACUUCCAUAAUGGCACAGCGAUGGAUGGUCAUUGGUCUUGCAACAAUUUUCCUCACAAUACCUCUUUGUUUAUACCGUGAUAUUGUGAAAUUGGCCAAGAUAUCAUUCUUGUCUCUCCUCUUUGUUUGCCUCAUUUUAAUCACCAUUUUAAUACGAUUAUUUACAUUAAGGGAUUCUGUACCGUCUACACCUGAUGCCUUUAGAUUUGCUAACUGGGAUAUUAUACCAGCCAUAGGAAUUAUGUCAUUUGCAUUUAUGUGCCAUCACAACACAUUUCUCAUAUACGGAUCCAUUGAGAACGCAUCUCAGAAGAAAUGGGAUAGGGUGACUCAUGCCUCACUUUUUGCAUCUUUUGUUGUCUCAGCAAUGUUUGGAAUUGCUGGUUAUGCCACUUUCACAGGACUUUCACAAGGAGAUUUGCUUGAAAAUUAUUGUUGGGAUGAUGACCUUAUGAAUGUCUCUCGUCUAAUGUUCAGUGGAACAAUUCUCUUGACAUAUCCUAUUGAAUGUCUUGUCACACGAGAAGUAGUCAUUACCACCUUCUUUCCUAGAGACAAGGAAAUGGGCAAUGAGCAAGCUGCAUGGUAUCGGCAUAUAGCCAUAACAUUGGCAAUUGUGACUGUUACUUAUUUCUUAUCUAUGUCAACAGAUUGCUUGGGAGUUGUUCUUGAACUAAAUGGAGUUUUAGCUGCUGUUCCACUUGCAUUUGUUCUCCCAGCUAUAUGCUACUUGAAACUUGAACAAGGAUCAAUUUUCUCUAGGCAGAAACUUCCAGCCGUUGGUCUUGCUCUGUUUGGACUCAUUGUAGCAGGAGUUGGUCUAGCCAUCCUGGUCAUGAACUUUUCAGAUUUGGACACUUGUAGUCAUGGCAAAGGUUUAGACUAUUGUUUCAAGAAUAAAAGUUCUGCUAUUCUUCCCAAUAUGGUAGCAGACUAAACUCGGCAUCUAAUUAUCUGUAGAAAUUGUCAGUUUGCUCUCUUUAUCACACAUAUUAGAUGCACCAUCGCUAACUGUACAUUUAACUUUUUCUCAUAAGAAAGAAGUUUUUGAAUGGUGUUUGGUUUUUGAAGGAAGAUGCUGUGAUGUGACACUACUUGAGUGGGACGACUAGUCGCUAAACUUUAAGAUACUUACAUUUUAUGACUUGAUGUAAACUUUUCAACUUUAUUCAGCACAAUUUAAAAAUGGCCUUUGUUUCAAAAACAUCAGUUUCUGAAUCAAAAUCUGUCCGUAUUACAUAUGUAUAAUUUAUAAUAUAUCAAUAAGUAAGAAUUUGUAUACUGAUUGUGAUUAUUUUAAAGGUUGCUAUUGUGAUAUCUUUCAACUUUUGGUUAAUUUUUUGCCUGAUUCUUCCUUCCAUUUUCAAUUAUUGCAUGAUUUAUAAUCCGCUUAUGCUAAGCAGGCCAAAGCAAGUAAGAUGGUUUGUCAGACUUCUAUGCUAAUCGUGCAUUUCCUUUAUUUGACUGACAGUAUUCACUGUUGUUUUUCUAUUGAGGAUGCUGAAUGGAGUACCUUUAAAGAUGUUCAAAGAGAGUUGGGGAAGAAGAAAGCUUUUACAAGUGGAAGUUUAUGUGCCAUAAUUUAUCUUGAGAGUUAUUUUUGAACAUAUGCUUUGAGCACUCUCCUUUAUGAUGUAAUGCGUACAAUCUAUCUUGGGAAUAUCUCUAGUACUGCUACUAGAAGACAUGUGCAUUUCUUUGAUUACUAGGAAAUUUCUGUCUUAGUUUGAAGAAAAUCUUUAUUUUCUUUAAAGUGCCUGUGAUGUCAAUCUGUUAUGCCAAAGACAAAUUUAUUUGAUUAGGCAAAAAUUCAACAAUUAUUUGGAGGUGGUGAAUUUAUUAGUUAUCAAUAUUGAUUGUGUUUAACACCCACAACUAUCAAAUGGAUAACUGCCGAGAAAGUAGCAACAAAAAUUAGCCUUUAUGUGGUAAAAUAGACAUGAUGUGUCAUAAGAAGAGUUUUUUCAACCAUUUAAAUGAUGAUUUAGUAUGGAUAUGAUACAUUAUUUCAUGUCUUUUUCAUGUCUUACGUCUUUUAUUCUGAUUAGGUUCAUCAUCCAAAAUAGUCUUAUACUCUGUGAUAUUUUUAUUUAAUUAUUCAUUGUUUGAUGUACCCCGCUGUGCUCUUCUAAUUUACAGCUACAUACGCUAGAUUUACAGUAGGUCUAAUGGGUCAACUAAGCAAUUGUAAGAUGUUUUCAGAAGAAUACACCUCCAUUUUGCUAGCACACUUAUGAAUUAUUAGGACGUUAAAACUAUGUGUAAAAACAUUUCCAACAUGGCUUCAAAUGUUUGAAUCUCCAUAGUAAAUAUGUUAUUAUUAUUUACCAUUGUAGUGAGAUUCAUGCCAUUCAAUCAAUGAAAUACACUCACAAAUCACAAAUAAAUAAAGCUGCAUACCCUUUUCUUGA